AAUUUAGGAUAAGAUUCAGGAUUCUUUCCAAAAGGUGGGAAAGUGGAAUUCAUGCCUGCAAGCCCUAGUAGGAGAAAGGUGUCUUUUGAGAAAGGUGGGAAUACCAUUGGGCUAAGAUGCUUGAUGUGAAAGCUAAAGGUGUGUAUAAGCAUUGUGAAAAGAGGAUACUGAACCAAUGAAGCACCUAUAAACAGGUUGCCAAGGGUCUGGCUAGGUUUGGAGGUGGUUCCUUUAUUUUGGCAAUAAUUACAUGUCUGUGUGAUUCUCUCCAACCAUGCUCCAGCCUCCUGGAUGUAGGAGCCAGGACAAGUGAUAGGCUUGAUCACAAUUGUGAUUCCAAUACUGGCGGAGGAAUGGUGGCCGAGGACUAGGGGUUCUUAAUCAAGAACCAACUCUGUGGAUCCAGGACGGGUUUGUCCCAAGGCCUGCUCUGAACAGCGAGUUGUCUGAUAAAAGAUUCCGUUGGCAAACCAUCUCUCUUGCCUUACAGAGCAAGCAAAGAAGAUGGAGCGAUUGAAGAGCCAUCUGCCUGUGUGCUUUCUACCUUCUGUGCCCUUUUUAAUCAUAGCAUCCACUCUAGCAACUGCUAAGAGUGCGACUAACAGCACUUUAAAUGGCACUGACAUGGUCUUGGGCUCUGUGCCUGUAAUCAUUGCCAGAACUGACCAUAUCAUAGUCAAGGAAGGAAACAGUGCCUUGAUUAAUUGUAGUGUUUAUGGCACCCCUGAUCCACAAUUCAAGUGGUAUAAUUCCAUUGGCAAGCUGCUGAAAGAAGAGGAGGAGGAGAAGGCGAGAGGAGGAGCAGGAAAAUGGCAGAUGCACGACAGUGGCCUCCUGAACAUCACCAAGGUGUCUUUUUCAGACCGAGGUAAAUACACAUGUGUUGCUUCUAAUGCCUAUGGCACUGUGAACAACACAGUGACCCUGAGAGUCAUCUUUACCUCUGGAGACAUGGGAGUCUACUACAUGGUCGUUUGCCUCGUGGCUUUCACCAUCGUCAUGAUUCUCAACAUCACUCGCCUGUGCAUGAUGAGCAGCCACCUGAAGAAGACCGAGAAAGCCAUCAACGAGUUCUUUAGGACAGAAGGCGCGGAGAAGCUGCAAAAGGCAUUUGAGAUCGCCAAGCGGAUCCCCAUCAUCACCUCAGCCAAAACUCUAGAGCUUGCCAAAGUCACCCAGUUCAAAACCAUGGAGUUUGCCCGCUAUAUUGAAGAGCUUGCCAGGAGUGUGCCUCUGCCUCCCCUCAUUAUGAACUGCAGAACUAUCAUGGAAGAGAUCAUGGAAGUGGUUGGGCUGGAGGAGCAAGGGCAGAAUUUUGUGCGGCACACUCCAGAAGGCCAGGAGGCCGCCGACAGGGAUGAGGUGUACACGAUCCCAAACUCCCUGAAGAGAAGUGACUCCCCCACUGCCGACUCAGACGGCUCAUCGCUGCAUGAACAGCCUCAGCAGAUUGCCAUCAAGGUGUCCAUUCACCCGCAGUCCAAAAAAGAUCACAUGGACGACCAAGAGGGUAUACCAUUUGAAGUCAAAGAUGAAGAGGAAACAGAACCGUCCGCUGAACGUUCUCCAGAAACUGCGGAGCCUUCUACAGAUGUAACAUCCACGGAGCUAACGUCGGAAGAGCCGACACCUGUUGAGGUAUCAGAUAGAGUCCUGCCGCCAGCUCACCUGGAAACUACAGAGCCAGUAAUGGCACGUGACAGAAACACCUGCAUAAUUUACGAAAGCCAUGUCUAAUAUCAACUCCAAAAAGCUAUGCAUAUCAAGAAAAUCAGGGGCUGCUCCUUGUAGUACCGAUGUAGUACGCACUUGCCGCUAAGCCUUACCAGGAGACGCUCAUCCCUUAGGUAGGAGACAUGCCAUUUCAAAAGGGGAAGCACUUGUGUGCAGUUUCUGUGACUGGAAUUUCCCCAGUAGAAAAGGAUGCGGGGAACAUCAGGGUGCAGAAUUGAUACUACUGGACAGAAAGUGUCCAUGUGAUACGAAUUUUAGAGGCUCUUCUCUGCCAAAUACCUUAAUUGGCGAUGCCCUUUUGGCAAAGAGUACACUACUGUAAGAUAUUCCGAGUUCAAGAGCCCUCUCCAAUGCACACUGCAUUGCUUUUCCUUUGAAAAAUUAUAGGUCUGCUACAAUAGUAAAUGCACGUACGUGGGUUUGUUGCACUUUCUUCUCAGUUUUUGUUCCUUUCAUGGUCCCUUUAUGUUGGAGUACUUGUUGUAUUAAUAUUAAUUGUUUUUCUGGUUUAGUCCUCUUUGCCCCUUUGUCCUUAUUUCUCCCUAGAACAUUUACCUCAGAGGCUUUGGUGUCAGUCACCCGUACGAGGACUGAUAUCUACAAGUCAUUUAUAAUGUUCCAAAGUAGUUAGUAGGCUCGUUCUUUUUGUCAUUUCCCAGGCCUCUCUCCGUACACUGCUAUUUUUGUUUCCAAUGAAGCUGCUGUUGUGAAACUGAGAAAAGCUUUGCCCAGGAAUAGCACUUUAAUAGCCAAAUAAAAAUGUGUUUACGUGUCCAUUUCUGAGAGCAUUUUGGUGAGCUCAACCGAGGUUGGAGGGAGAUUGUGAAAGGUUGAAUAUACCCAUUCUACCCAUGAAAAUUGCUGUUUUUACAUUUAAGGACCAUCACCCUCCAAACAGAGACUGAUGCUUUAUCUGGGAAAUUUGUUGCUUCCAAAGACGGGGGCAUUCGUUGAAUGCCUGCAGGUUGUAGAAUAUUGGCUUCCCAGAAGGGUUUGCAAGGACCAGAUGCCAUCAGGUGACUCCAGCUUGAUUUGGGGCAGCAAAUGUCGGGAUCUGUGAAGUUGUGUGACCAGGUCUGCUUUUGUAAACUGCGUAGCUGACUUGUUGGUCCUUGAAGGGGAGAGUGAAAGGUUAGAAUAGUGGCAUAACUGUACCAUCACAUUUGAUGCCAAAGUAUUGAAUUAGUUUGUAGUCUCACAAGAAAGGAGUUAUACGUGAGGCAGAAUGAUGCUGUGGAAAGAAGACAAAGCUAGGCAUCCAAAGGCCAACACCUUACCUGACUGUGCCAAUAACCAGCUGCCUGGCUUUGGGCAAGUCUGGGUCUCAGUUUCCUUAUCUGGCAGAGGUGGCAGACUAGAUGAGCUCUGAGCACCAUUUAAAUGGUCUCACUCUCUCACAGAUCCAAACCAAUAUUAUCACCCUUGCUCUUUUUCUGAGUUACGUUCAAGAUUUUCACUUUCGUCUCUGGGUUCACCUAACAUUUUUUAUACAUAUUACUUAUUCAGACAAAGUGGAUCAGUUUCAAAUAAUCAUAGCAUUUUAAGCAAGUUGUGGAUCUUCUCCCCCAAGACUUCCUUAGGACCCCUUCCACAGUGUAGAUUGAAUUGUGGUGAGAAUGAGUGUUGUUAUUUCAUUUUCACUUAGGAACAGGGGAGACACUAAGCUUAAAGAAAUUCUAAGGGUCAUGGUCACAUCAAGUGAUGGGGUCAUGACAUUGGAGGUUACAUGGACCAUGUUAGUCAUGAGACAGCAGACCCAGAUGCUUAGUUCUUACUCUGUCACUAUCUGGAUAAGUGACCUUGGACAACUCUCUUCCCCUCUCUGGGGUUUAAUCUUUUGCAUCUACAAAAUAUGGGGUUGUACUUGAUGGGCCACAAGAUCCCUUCUAGCUCAGACAUUUAUAGUUUUAUGGAAAGUUUGUAAUCAUCCAUGUUGGUCCCCGUUGCAAGAGACAGGCAACAUUGGGAGCAAAAAUGGGUGCAUGAGAUCGGAUGCUUUUGCUGUUGAAACUUUACAGCAAAUGGGUCUGGCUCUGUAGCUGAGGGCAGAGGGUUUGGCUUCCGGGGUGCCCCUGACAGUUUCUUUAUUCAUAAAUAACUGGUGUGGAAGACAAUCUGACAAGACAUGGAGUUUGAUCAAACAUCUCUUGGCCAGGAUGAACUGUUGGCAUCUAGUUUGAAGUGUCUUUGGUGGUCACGUAAAGAAAUUAGUAGUGAGCAAUCAAGAGAAACCAUGACUCCUGUUUGGGCUGUCUGGACUAGGAUUUUAUGUAUUUGAGUUACAGAAAAGUUUUAUCUCCAACUCUUAGAAUAUAGAUAUUUUCCACUUGUUAUGGAGGUCAGCAAAUUCUUACCAUGGAUCUAUACGCCCAAAACAACAACAGAGACUUAAGCUCAUUUUGUGAUAUUGUGUGAACUUUUUCCCAUUCUAUUCAGUUGUCCUUCCACAUAAACCGUUGUGCAUAUUUCCACAUGGAAACUAUAAGAGAAGGCAUCUGUUCCAUCUAGAUGUUGACGAGGGGUAAAAAGUUUAAAAUGAGCAGAGUUUUUUUGAAGCAGGAGCAGAAAUUUGUGACCAAAGAAUGUUUCCAGGUUGGUUUUAACUUCUUUAUACUGGGGAGAUCAUAUAGAUUUUCAAAACUUUACCCCUCUUUAAGGCAUCAAAAAACUCUUGAUAAAAUGCCAACCUAAAAGGAGGUUGGCUCAUGAUGGAAAUUUUUCCUUCCAGAAAUUCUACACUCUCCCUAUCCUACAGCGUCUUUAUGAAAUGAGAAAGGCUUUCCUGCUAGAAUAUGAAAUGUGGAAGACCUUGUGACUUUCGGCUGAUUUUUCAAAGAUAAACUGUUCAGCUUCUUAGAAAUUCAUAGAAGUAUGGCUGUGUGUGUGUGCGCACAUGCACGUCAGACUCAUUUGGGAAGUUUUAAAAGCUUAACACUAAAUCCCAAGCCAUGUCCUUUGGGUCUUAUGUAAGCAUUCUCAAAAUUAGACCAUUUCUGGUUUCUGAGUCAUCUGGUCAUAUCUCUAGCAGUUUUUUCCUUGAAAUUCUGAAAAUGAUUCAGAUACGUGUACAUAUUUAAUUCACUUAGAUGAUCUGUAAACUUGGAUGGUAUUUAUUCUAAAUGGAAAAAAAUUUUAUACUGAAAAUCUAUGUAAUUUAUAAUGGCUUUGUUUUAUAUAUUAUAUUUUCAUAUCUUUAGGGCACAUCUGCUCUUCUCAUCUUUUUGUAUAUCAUACUUGGCAAAAGAACUACUAAUACUUGACUAAAAUCUCUAGGAACCAAAUGUGAUACAUAACGCAUAGAAAUCACUCUAAAAUCUCUGAAUGUUCUUACCUGUCCCAAGCAUCAUUGUGCCGUCAGUUACGUCCAGAAUGAUUUGUCUCAGAUGCUUAUGAGCAUCCCUUAUUUCAAAACUAAGGCUAAAAGAUCUGACAUCAUGCACAAUCGAUUCUGAAUCUUCUUUCCUUCUUUAUCUUUUUGUUGUUGGUUUCAUUUUUAAUUGUAGAAGUCUAUGUUGUCUAAACUUCUGUUUGAAGGGCAAAUGUGAGAUAAGAAAGCAACUUGAUGGAAAGACUGAACUGAACUGUGGCUCUGUAAAUUAUUCAGUCGACUGAUAACAUGUUCUAAUGCUUGGAUUGUUACUUAUUGGUAAUCUAGGAUCUGCUCAGCUCUUUAGCACAGGAAGAAAAUGUAAGGCACAAAGAAUAUAUGCAUGUUUUGAACAGACACACUCCAAAUGUAGUGCAGCCAACACAGAUCAGCUUAGGAACACCAACCCCAGCCACUGAAGGAACCGUUUCAGAAGGCAGAGCUGACGCCUUUAUUUGCAAAUUGAAAUAGAGUGUUAUAUCAGUGCUAAAACUCUUCAACAGCAGCCCCUAUGGUUCUGUUAAUGGGAUAUUUCCUCUCAGUGUUUCAUUUGGUAAGAAAUUGGAGCGUUUAACUUAUCUUUCCAAAACCCUAUUUUAUACUCAGCACAGUUCAACUACUGUCCUCUACCUGUCUUCACAUAUCCUUUUGGCAGUCCCUUAAGAUUAAAAUCCAUGUUUCUAUUCUUGCUUUUUAAACUAAUUUAUUGCUACUCUUUAAAUAUCUACCAAAUCUCAUUGUAUAUUCAUGCACAUAUUUCGAGCACCUGAUAAGCUUCAAGAUCUUGGUCAUUUUUACAUUCACCUACCUAUUCAUAUAAAAAUCCUUCAGUAGAUAACAAAGUUCAUUUUCCUAAUGACUUUUUUAGGGUUUCUACAGUGAUAAAUAAGAUUGAGAUUAAAUGAAUCAGUGGUGGGAAAAAAUCAAACAAAACAGAAUUGCUUAUUAUCUUUUCCAAUGAUCAGUUAUACAAGAAAAUAUCAUAUGAAGGUGAUAAUGAUCUUUGAGAUUUUUUUAGAGAUUUCGUUUUUAAGGGGACUAAUACUUAGAAUACCACAAUCAAAAUUGAAGCUCUUAGAGAAUGCAAAAUUAGAAAGCAAGUAGUUCAAAGAAUAUUCUGGCAUAAAUUAUUUUUAUUUAACCAGUAAUAAAAGACUUCAAAUGUAUCUCUCAGUCGCCAUAGAGUGACUAGAGUGAGUUAGGGUCAAAGAAGAUGCUUGCACUCAUGUUUGGUUUGCUGUAUCUCUGGUUCUGGAUGUCCUUUGUUAAAAUCAGAAAAUAAGAUGAAAAAGUUUAUCUGGGCGGAAAUGUGAAACUGAUGAUUCUUUGAACUAUAAUUGUUCACUUUUUUAAAAAAAUAAAAAUGUAAACAAAUAACUAAUAUUUAAGUUGAUGUUAUAGUAGCAAAAAAACACAAAAAACGUGAUCCAUCCUGUAUUUUGAUUAUUGCUUUAAUAAAGGGUUUGCGCUGGUA